ACACGGUCGCGAGACAAUCACAAUACAGCAUGCGAAGGAUGGCGGCGGAGAUUCAACCUGUCAAGGAGCAGAGCUCCUGGAUAUUAAGUUGGCUUCCCUCUUGGUGCCCCACUUCUCCCUCUCAGCUGAAAGAUGCAGAAGAAAAAAUGCUCAAGGUUGUGAAGCUGCCUUUCUCCAGGCAGCACGUCCGGAUAUCCAACGGCGACUAUCUGUGGACGUUAGCGUUUUCCACUCCGUCACAGCUAUGCUCCCCCGCGUCUUGCCAGCAGCCCCCCACCCGACCCAGGCCUCCAUUGGUUCUCCUGCAUGGCUUUGGCGGUGGAGUUGCCCUUUGGGCCCAAAACCUGGACUCUCUCUCCAGCAAUGGGCCGGUGUACGCUCUAGACCUGCUGGGCUUCGGCAGGAGCAGCCGUCCCCAGUUCAGCACCAGCCCUGAAGGGGCUGAGGAGCAGUUCUUGGCAGCCCUGGAGGAGUGGAGGGAGAAGGUGGGACUGGAGGAAAUGGUGCUGCUGGGGCAUAACCUCGGAGGAUACCUGUCUGCUGCCUACGCUCUCAAAUACCCACACAGGGUAAAACAUCUGCUGCUGGUGGAGCCGUGGGGGUUUCCAGCGCGUCCUGAGAACCCCAACCACAACUCCAUCCCAGUGUGGAUCAGAGCCAUGGGGGCUGUCAUGAGCCCCUUCAACCCUCUGGCUGGACUCAGACUGGCUGGACCUCUAGGUCCAAUGCUGGUCCAGACCAUCAGAUCUGAUUUCAAGCAGAAAUACUCCUCUGUGUUCGAUGACAACACUGUAUCCGACUACAUCUACCAUCUGAACGCCCAGACUCCAAGUGGAGAAACGGCCUUUAAGAACAUGACCAUUCCCUACGGCUGGGCCAUGAGGCCUAUGCUGGAGAGGAUCGGGCAGGUCCGAGCAGACAUUCCCAUUUCCUUCAUCUACGGAUCACGCUCCAGCAUUGACAGCGACUCUGGAUAUGCUUUCAAGAAAACCAGACCAGACGUGGAAAUCACAGUGAUCAGAGGAGCAGGCCAUUACGUUUUCGCCGACCAGCCAGAUGACUUCAACCAGGCGGUCCUCCAGAUCCUCGCCAGGAUGGAGAAGAAAAGUGAGGACGAGGGGACGAAGCAGUGAGAGUUCCUUCGUUCAGAUGACACACAGGGAUUAAGUGACAAAGACCCUUUACACAACAACAACAACUCAACUGUAAGCCUCUUUAUCAUGCACUUUACUCUUAAGAGAGACCCAUCACUGACUGAAGACACUUUACUCAUCAUUCCACACUCAGGCACUCUCCAAGGCUUGAGGUCAAAGGUCAGAUGAUGCCAUGGUGGUUCUUUAUCCAGGCUUGUGUAAAUAAGUUUUGUAAAUAAA